AUGUCACCUGUAGAAUCUGAUAAUAAAAUUGGGGGAGAAAUCAUACAUGUCUUAUUACCUGAACAUGUCAAAAAUUUAAAAUCUGAAGGAAUUUGGCCUAAAGAAUUUAAGAAUAAAGAUGAACCUUUAAUUGCAAAUAAUGAUGGUGAUAAUGAUAGGUUAAGUAGAGAUGAUGAUUCAGACAAUGAUAUAUUUGUAAAUCUUAAUCAUAUCAAUACAGAAGAAGAAAAAAUGUCUUGA